AUGGCAUCCUUUGAGACGAAUGUCUCAGUCUCAGGAUCGCCCUCGGGCCCAGCCGACUUUGAUGACAAUUCAAGCGUUACCGGUGACCUGAGCACAAUCGAUUUCAACGAUGACUUCCACAAUGAUCUCCUGGAAAUCAUUCAGAACAUAAAACCUCCCGGGAAAUUUGCCUUUGGGGCAGGAAUCAAACUCCCUUCUGACUUCAGCAUCUCUGUGAAUGAAGUUGGUAAUGUUGCCCUGCCGCUUGUUGAAUCGCAGGCCCGUCAAAUCAUCACCAAAGCACGCCAGGCCCCCUUUGGCAAAGGGACCGAUAUUUUUGUCGACACUUCUAAUUGCCUGCCUAUCUCGAAGGUGAGCAGCCGUCCGGCUGCUCACCAGGUGGGAAUUAACACACCUAUUCGUGCCGAAAUUUACAAGGUGCUGCUUUACAAGGAGGGUGCCAUGUUUAAACAAUAUACUGAUACUGAAAAGAUUCCUGGCAUGUUUGGUACUCUCGUCAUUAGCCUCCCAUCUAAGCACAGUGGCGGUGAAGUCGUUUUGAAGCAUUGUGGCGAGAAAAUGGUUUACAAGUCAUCCGAGUAUCCCAUUUCUUGUGCUAGUUGGUACUCAGACGUAUCACAUGAAGUCCUUCCGGUUACUUCAGAAAAGAUGGAGAGUGGCAGUGUUGCCUUCGAUCCUUAUGAUUUACAGUACGGCGAGGAUUCCGGUGCAGGAUACCACUGUAUCGACGAAGUCUUUGAAUCAGAAUUCAGUGUCAAGAUCACCAAAGACUUGGACGACAACGUCGUUUCGGGCAAGAUGUGUAUUGAAGAGGAUCACCUUCUUGAGCCAUCCGUCUUUGAUGAUAUGAGUGCCGCCAAGGAAGAUUAUGAAGGGCACACGGGCAAUACUGUUCGUCUUGAUCCUCACAGCAGAUAUCUCUGCAUAUUCUGA